GUUCCAUUGCUUUCAUUUCAAAAGGAAUUUCAAUCUCUACAAUGUCAGUUGACACAGCACCCACGUUUCUCUCUUCGAUCCAUCCCAAAAAAAUCAUUCCUUUCUUCUUUAUAUACAUCUUGUCUUCAAACAUGAACUAUAACAAAUAAUGUCUGAUUCUGAGAAGAAAAAUAGAAUCUCUAAGUCUAAACCCUGAAAACAAAAUACCCCUUCUUCUCUGUUCUCUCUAUUUCUUGCUACAGCCCCAAUUCCAACAGAAACCCCAACAGAAGUUUAUAUUCUCUAUUGUUCAUUGUUCCCCAUGAAGCUGAAAAGAACCUUUUUUUCUUCCUAAUUAGGCUUAAUGGAUCCGAGCUUAUCCUGGGGUCAUCCCAAUAAGAGGGAAUCAUGGAGGACAAUCUUCACUUUAGCUUAUCAGAGCUUGGGGGUUGUUUAUGGGGAUUUAAGCACUUCUCCUCUGUAUGUGUACAAGAGCACUUUUGCAGAGAACAUUCAGCACUCGGAGACAAAUGAGGAGGUUUAUGGGGUUCUUUGCUUUGUGUUUUGGACUUUGACACUGAUUCCUUUGCUUAAAUAUGUGUUCAUGGUUCUUAGAGCUGAUGAUAAUGGCGAAGGGGGAACUUUUGCUCUGUAUUCUCUGCUCUGCCGCCAUGCCCGGCUGAGCUCUCUCCCCAAUCACCAGCUAGCAGAUGAGGAGCUUUCUGCAUACACAAGAGAUAGGCCUGAAUCAACUAAUGAUUUUAGUUCUGGUUCUUGUCUGAAAUCAACUUUGGAGAAGUCCAAAGUUCUGCAAAGAAUUUUGCUUGUUCUUGCCUUGAUUGGGACUUGCAUGGUGAUUGGGGAUGGAGUGCUCACGCCAGCAAUUUCAGUUUUUUCAGCUGUGUCUGGGCUUGAGUUAUCCAUGGCUAAGGAACAUCACCAGUAUAUCGAAGUCCCUCUCGCGUGUGGCAUAUUGGUGUUCUUGUUCGCACUGCAGCAUUAUGGAACGCAUCAGGUCGGGUUCCUGUUCGCUCCAGUUGUAAUUGUAUGGCUACUAUGUAUCAGUGCCAUUGGUUUGUACAAUAUCUUCUAUUGGAAUCCCCUAGUUUACCAAGCACUCUCCCCAUACUACAUGUACAAGUUCUUGAGAAAAACCCGAAAGCAAGGUUGGAUGGCAUUGGGCGGAAUCCUCUUGUGUAUAACAGGUUCUGAAGCUAUGUUUGCUGAUCUUGGACACUUUUCACAGUUUUCUAUCAAGCUUGCUUUCACUUUUGCGGUUUAUCCAUCCUUAGUUCUUGCAUAUAUGGGACAAGCUGCUUACCUUUCUAAGCAUCACAAUCUCGACAACGAUUAUCGGAUCGGAUUUUACGUUUCUGUUCCUGAAAAGGUAAGAUGGCCAGUUCUUGCAAUAGCAAUACUUGCAGCUGUGGUAGGCAGUCAAGCCAUCAUCACUGGCACGUUUUCGAUAAUCAAACAGUGUUCUGCUUUGGGCUGUUUCCCAAGGGUAAAGAUCAUUCAUACAUCGUCGAAAAUACACGGCCAAAUUUACAUUCCGCUGAUCAAUUGGAUACUAAUGAUAUUAUGUUUGGCGGUUACUAUCGGGUUUAGAGACACGAAACGCUUGGGUAAUGCAGCAGGGUUAGCAGUAAUAACCGUUAUGCUCGUCUCAACUUGUCUGAUGUCUCUUGUUAUUGUGUUAUGCUGGCGUAAAAGUGUGUUGUUGGCUGUAGCCUUCAUACUCUUCUUUGGCUCCAUAGAAGCUUUGUACUUCUCUGCAUCUCUUAUCAAGUUCUUUGAAGGGGCUUGGGUUCCUAUUGCUCUUUCACUAACUUUCCUUAUGGUUAUGUAUGUUUGGCACUAUGGAACUUUGAAGAAAUAUGAGGCAGAUGUUGAAAACAAAGUUCCUAUAAAUUGGCUUCUUAGUAUAGGACCCAAAAUUGGGAUCGUUCGGGUUCGAGGGAUCGGCCUUGUACAUACCGAACUCGUUUCGGGGAUCCCUGCCAUUUUCUCUCACUUUGUCACCAACCUUCCCGCCUUUCACCAAAUUCUAGUCUUUCUUUGCAUCAAAUCUGUCACAAUGCCUCAUGUGAGACCUGAGGAAAGAUUUCUAGUUGGAAGAGUUGGGCCAAAGGAGUAUCGACUCUACCGUUGCAUCGUACGAUACGGCUAUCGUGAUGUUCACAAGGACGACUUGGAGUUCGAGAGAGAUCUUGUUUGUAGUAUUGCAGAGUUCAUAAGGUCGGAAAGAACGGAAUGCAACACUUUCAGACAUGAGGACUUGGACGACAAUGAAAGAAUGACAGUGAUUGGAACCUCAUCAACCCAACUAGACGGCAUACGAAUGUGCGAAAACGAAACGUACUCUUCGCCAAUCAUAGGGACUUCAGAGAUAAAGUCAGAGAAGUUGAGGAAAAGAGUGAGAUUCGUUCUCCCAGAGAGUCCGAAAAUGGAUAUCGAUACGAGGGGAGAGUUGCAAGAGUUGAUGGAAGCUCGAGAGGCCGGAAUAGCAUUCAUAAUGGGACACUCAUAUGUGAAGGCAAAAAAGGGAUCAGGUUGGAUGAAGAAGCUUGUGAUUAAUUAUGGGUAUGAUUUCUUGAGGAAAAAUUCAAGAGGGCCAUCUUAUGCUUUGAGCAUCCCUUAUGCUUCUACUCUUGAGGUUGGUAUGGUUUAUUAUGUCUAAAAAUGCCAAAUUGUGGAAGCAGGUUUGUUUUUUUUUUUUUUUUUUUUUUUUGUAUUCACUUAUUGUGUGGGCCUGGGCUUGGGCUUGGGCUCAAUGAUGGAAAUUAUGGCUUUUUCCCCAAAACUAUAACUACUAUUUUUUUUUCUUCUUGCAAUUUGUCCUCAAAACUUUUCA